AUGGCCAUGCCUGAUUUGGAUGAAGAGGGCCAGGGCUUGAUGUCGGCUUUAUCGCCGUCAUUGCUGCGCAACGUGAAUUUGAAAUCCACUAGUUUAAUAUGCUCCUUUGACUGCGGAUCCCCAUUGCAAAGGGAAAGAGUCAUUGAAUGCGUACUCCAGAUGAACGACAACCAAUUUUUCGUUAACAAGGAUGAUGAAUCCCAGCAUUCGCCCAAGGAAACUGUUGCGGAUCGUCCUCAAUCGUCACUUAUGUCAGGGAUUGAUCACAUCUGGGGAUACACUUUGCCAGAGGGCAAUCAGAGUUGCGAGAUAACGACGGAAAAUUCUAAGACGCAGGAGAUUAUGCCGAUAUUCACGUCAGACUGGAUGUUCGGCAGCCACUUGGACUACCACGCAAGAUACCCUUUCCUGUUUAGCGGGCCAUCAGGAUCAAUUCAAGCCGACGCCGGUGCUCAGAGAACCGUUCAUUUCGAGCCGCUUUCGUUCAAAACGCGCGAGAUUUUGAGCCUCAUCAAAGAUGCGGUCACAUUUGCCCCGCGAAGCAGUAUGAUCGAAAUUCGAUGGUCGUCGGCAAUAGAGGAAGAAUGUAGAAACUUUUUCGCCCCUUCGAAUAUCCUCAAAUUUUUAGAAUUAUUCUGGGCCUCGUGGUAUCCGCACUGGCAAGUCAUUCAUAGGCCCACUUUUGAUCUUUUCUCGACGAAGCCAACUUUACUCGCGGCCAUGAUACUUAUUGGGGCAUGUGUAUCACCAGACACAUCUCACAAAGAAUCUGCCAAGAUCUGGUUUGACUGCAUCGAAGAAGGGGCGUUCAGUGACGACUCGCUGUACCGCCAGACCACCGGCGACCCACGCUCAUCCCGCACCCCCAUCUUAGACGGUCCCAUUAUGCAGGCUGUUCAAGGUCUCCAGACUGCUUAUGCAAUCUGUGUACUACAGAACUGGGAGGGUUCUGCGCAAAGUAAGCGACGGGUACCGAAGUUCCGCUAUCCUGUGGUUACAGCAGUACCUACCCUGAUCCUCUCCAAGCCAGUCGGCAAACAUUUAAUUGGCACGAACUUCAUUGCCCAUGAGGUGUUUAAAAGGUAG